CUCAUUUUAUCCCCUCCCGGCUAAAUCCCUCCGCGUCGUUGCCGCGGGUUCUUCAAGCAGCGAUGAGCAACCGCAAUGACGCCGUGCUUAUUGAUGCAGAUGUCGCGUCCUGGGAGGAAAACCUGACAACAGCCCGUUUCAUAGUAGGGUCUACUAUUAUGACAGCUAUGACAGUGUUCCUGAUCGUUUACACCUUUACGGGCCACACGAGCAAACUUGCCGAGGUUUCUGUGGAGCUGGCGGCCUUCGACGGGCUGGAUGCUACGCUUGGCCGCACGGUUUCUCCUGCGUUCAAUCUCACGGUGCACGUCAAGAACACCUUGUCCUGGCAAGCGUGGUGCUCCAAUGGCGGGGAGGUGGUCGUCUCCUACUCGGGCGUUGCCCUCGCGUGGGGUGAUGUGCCGGUCUUCUGCGUCCCGAGGAGCGCGACGACGGAGCUGACAGUGCUUCCGUGGGGGUGGGAGGUUGGCUUGUCCGAGGACUUGCACCGGCGUCUCCUGUCGGAGUCGCAGAUGCACACAGCUGAGGUAUUGGUGGAAGUGAGGAUGUUCGACCCUGGCAGUUGGAUGCUCUGCGAAACAGAGACGCACCGUAGUACGUCGUUGCAUACUUUCAAGCUUAUGCUUAGAGACAGCGAUGGCUAGUGCAUGAUCCUUGUAGUUAUUUAUUUUGCUCGGUUGCAGAUCGACAUCAUGCACGAUUGUGCAACAUAUUUGUACAUUACUACUCUUAUCGGUCUUGGUAUUUUCUUCAGGCUGUAUCAUUUAUAUGCUGAAUGGCAUU